AGAGUCUUUCUAACUCGAACAUUCUAGAGUUCUAAAAUAAUCUUGUUCUCUGUGUGCUUAAAAUUUGGAAUAUAUCACCUAUGGGGAGAAAUGUAAUGACUAACAUCUACUGUACAUUUACUCUAUUCCAGGCACUGUUCUGUGCAUUUUUCAUGUAUUGACUGGUUUAAUCCUCAUAAUAACCCUCUGAGAUAAAUAAUAUUUUUAUCAUCAUCCCUAUUUCACAGAUGAAGAACCUAAAAUGGGGCCCAGGAGUCACACAGCUAGUUUUGGAGAUCACAUUCAUUGGAGGACACUAGAAGAUGGGAAGAAAGAAGCAGCUGCCAGUGGAUUGCCCCUGAUGGUGAUUAUCCAUAAGUCCUGGUGUGGAGCUUGCAAAGCUUUAAAGCCCAAAUUUGCAGAGUCUACAGAAAUUUCAGAACUUUCCCAUAAUUUUGUUAUGGUAAAUCUUGAGGAUGAAGAGGAGCCCAAGGAUGAAGAUUUCAGCCCUGAUGGGGGUUAUAUUCCACGAAUCCUUUUCCUGGAUCCCAGUGGCAAGGUGCGUCCUGAAAUCAUCAACGAAAAUGGAAACCCCAGCUACAAGUAUUUCUACAUCAGUGCUGAGCAAGUUGUUCAGGGGAUGAAGGAAGCUCAGGAAAGGCUGACGGGUGAUGCCUUCAGGGAGAAACAUCUUGAAGAUGAGUUGUAACAUGAAUGUAUCCCUUCUUUCAUCAAAGUUAGUGUUUUGGAAGAAAAGCAGCAGGGGAGGGAAUAUUAAGGAAUCGCUGUGAACAAUAAACCUACCAGGAGACCCUGCUCCUGCCCUCAUGGGAAGGAGCUCUCUCACUGUGGAAGAGUUUUGCUAGCAGAAGCUGGUCCAUGUUUGUGGAUCCAGCAGAGGGUGGCAGACUUCCUUCUCCUGCCCCCUCUCACCUGAACAUCUGUUUGUCAUUGAAUGUAAAGAGUAACACCUUUUGACACAAAACUUGAGCCAUUUGGAAGUUUACUCUGCAUACUUAAGUAUUUGAAUCUUUUUCCAUUUCCUCCCGCUGUACUCACCUUGGUGAAAAGAGACCAGUGGCAUUUUUUCUACAAUGUUAAAAAAAUUGCAGAAAAUCAGUUAUUCUACCCCCACCAAGGACACUAGCUUGUUUCUUCUCUUUUUCUCCUGGGAAUAAUCUUGGGCUUCUUCCUGAAUCCCUGCAGCUUCCCUUCUCUUCUCCUGCUUGGGCUUCCCUGUUUUCAUGAUGCGUGUGCAGGAAUGACUGUGUGCUUGACUCAGCCCCAGCUGGAAGCAUGCUUUCCCUGUUACUGUUGGAGAAACUUAAAACCUUCAAGCCCUAGGUGGAGCCAUUUUUGUUAAGUUGUCAACUGUAUUUUUGUACUGCAGUUAACAAAAAAAGAAAAUAUUAAUUGUUCCAUUGAACUUUAAUAAAACUUUAAAAGAAAA